GCGCCGUGUGGCAGGGCCAGACUGAAGCGCUCUGGGGCUCUCGGCGUCGCGUUAAAGUUUGAGUCCUAGAGUUCGCCGCGGCGUGUGCAGAAAUCGGCCGCCCACAGGCUGGGGGCGGGGUGGGACCGAGGGAGUGCGGCCUCGCGUGAGAAGAGUGGGAGGCUCCCGUGGCGCCUGCAGCCGGGGCUUCUCGCCUUGCGUUACCCACAUUCUUGCAUCGCCCCUUUUAUGUGAUGCGGAAGGUGAACCUCAGGGGCGCCGAUUUCUGCUCCAGUAGACAGUUGAUGGAUGGGAAGGGGUUCCUGCAGCAGCCCACCUGGGAAGAUGCCGAAGCGUUAAGGAGUUUGAGAAGCUGAACCGAAUUGGCGAGGGCACCUAUGGCAUUGUGUAUCGAGCCCGGGAUACCCAGACAGAUGAGAUUGUUGCCCUGAAGAAGGUGCGGAUGGAUAAAGAGAAAGAUGGCAUUCCCAUCAGCAGCCUGCGUGAAAUCACACUGCUCCUGCGUCUCCGCCAUCCGAACAUUGUGGAGCUGAAGGAGGUGGUUGUGGGUAACCACCUGGAGAGCAUCUUUCUGGUCAUGGGUUACUGUGAACAAGAUCUGGCCAGCCUAUUGGAAAAUAUGCCAACACCCUUCUCGGAGGCCCAGGUCAAAUGCAUCAUGCUACAGGUGCUCCGUGGCCUUCAGUACCUGCACAGGAAUUUCAUCAUCCACAGGGACCUGAAGGUGUCCAACUUGCUCAUGACAGACAAGGGCUGUGUAAAGACAGCUGACUUUGGCCUGGCUCGGGCCUAUGGCGUUCCAGUAAAGCCAAUGACUCCCAAGGUUGUUACCCUCUGGUACCGAGCCCCAGAGCUGCUGCUUGGAACUACUACUCAGACUACCAGCAUUGACAUGUGGGCUGUUGGCUGCAUCCUAGCAGAGCUGCUGGCCCAUAAGCCCCUUCUCCCUGGCACUUCUGAGAUCCACCAGAUCGACUUGAUUGUACAGCUGUUGGGGACACCGAGUGAGAAUAUCUGGCCGGGUUUCUCCAAGCUGCCGCUGGCCGGCCAGUACAGCUUGAGGAAACAGCCCUACAACAACCUCAAGCACAAGUUCCCGUGGCUCUCAGAGGCUGGACUCCGUCUGCUCAAUUUCCUCUUCAUGUAUGACCCUAAGAAAAGGGCAACAGCAGGAGACUGCCUGGAGAGUUCCUACUUCAAGGAGAAGCCGCUGCCGUGCGAACCAGAGCUCAUGCCUACCUUCCCCCACCACCGCAAUAAGCGUGCUGCCCCAGCUGCCACUGAGGGGCAGAGCAAGCGAUGCCGGCCCUGAGAGCGCAGCCAGCCCACCCUUCCACACCCUCGUGGAUCAUCAGCCAACGACCGGGAGGCCUCCAGGCCAACAGGCCUUUGCUCCUCCAGUUGGCCGUCCUCUUCAGCUGACUCCUCCCUGAUACUUCCUCUGUGUCCAGAUGCAGAGGGGAUGACGGACAGGGACGUUGCUGAGUGGGACACCCAGGAUAGACUGGGCUGUGUAGCACCAUCUGGGUGGCCUGUCUUGUCAGUGAAGCCCCACUUCCGGGGGAGGGGAGACACAGAGCUAGUGCUGAGGGGCCUGAAGGUCCCAUUCAGUGUGUGUUGGAACUGGAGCUGGCCACUAGCCUGGAAUGAGCAGGCCCAGGAGAUCAUAACUGUUCUUGCUUGCCCAGGACAGAUAGGCUAUAGUGACCCUGGCCAGGGCUGAUUGGGCUUCAGGUAGGAAGGAGGGAGCAGGGGUUAGUUGGAGUAGGAUACUUUAAGACUGAGAAUGAAAGCCCUGGGUGGGUGUGGCUGGCACUGGUGGCCAGGGAGAGAACUGGUGGACUGCUUUUCCAGGGGUGGAGAGAUAAAAAGCCUUUCCAGUACACAAUUUGGCAG